AUGAAUUUUCAUAUCGUGGCAAUACAUUUACUUCUAGUAGCCUUUUUGACUUGUUUUCAAAAUUCUAGAGCAGCUGAAGAUAAGAAUUGGAUCGAAGGCCUGUAUUUUUCAGAAGAUAAAGGUGACCUGGCCUAUGUCCGAAAAACAUGUGCUGAGAAAAAGAUGAGGCUGGUUAUCGUUGAUGAGAAAUAUAAGCAUGAUGCUAUUAGCGAUACACUUAAGGCAAAACGGGAUACCUACCAGUAUUACAUGGGAGGAGAUAGGAGAACCAAAGAAGGCGUAAAUCAUUACAACGUCGAGUUUCGUUGGUAUAAUAUGGAAAGACUUAGCUUCAGACAUUUUGGCCAAGGAAGACCUGAUAAUACGCUGCAAUUUGAAACACAACCUCGUACACACCUUACGUUACAACACGAUGGAAAAGAAUUAUUCUGGUGGGAUUCGAAUAUCAAAUCAAAAUUUAGGUACAUUUGUGAAACACCUAGAGAACCGGAUGUUAAAGGUCCACCUGAUCCAGAAAACCCAUUUAUGAUUAAUUUUACCUAUAUUCGGACAGAAGGAUUUUGGAAAAGUGUAGAUGAAUGUCAAUCAAAGUUUAAACAGUGUAUCAUUGGUCUCGACAGUGAGAAAAUAAAAAAUAGUCUUCUUGAUAUAUUAAGAAAAAACGAUGACAGACAACACUACUAUAUUAAUGCAUAUAGGAAAGAUGGAAAAUCUCCAUACACGUGGCACAGUACCGAUAUUAAAAUAGAUGCCAAAUAUUGGGGAACUGGUAAACCUAGUGAAAAAAACGACGAGAAAUGUGCAAAAGUUUGGUAUGAUCCAUUAUCAGAUGGUUUACAAUGGGCCAGUGCCAAAUGUAAUGAAAAGCACUAUAUUGUUUGUCAAGGUGAAGAAGACACCUGUGGCAAAAGAGACAAAUGUUAUGAUGACCAGAAUUUUCUCAAAAGUCUGCAUUUUUCAAAAGAUGAAGGUAAUGUAGAAUAUGCCGACAAAAAAUGUGCUAAUAUGAAGAUGAGACUGGCUAUCGUUGACGAGAAAUACAAGCAUGAUGCUCUUAAGUGUAUACUUGCCGCGAAAGGUGAUAAGACAAAGUACCAUAUAGGAGGGCGUAGAAGAACCAAGGAUGGAGGAAAAGGUGAAAACGUCGAAUUUCGAUGGUUAAAUGGCGAAAGACUAACUUUCAGACAUUUUGCCAAAGACAGGCCUGAUAACUCUCACCAGUUUAAUGUAGAACCUCGUACAGAGCUUUCGUUAAAAUAUAAUGGAGAAGAUCUAUUUUGGUGGGAUAUAGAUACUAUUUCAAAAUAUAGGUAUAUUUGUGAACCACCUAGAAAACAUUAUGUUAAAGGUCCACCUGAUCCGAAAAACCCAUUUAAGAUUGAUUUUAAUCAUAAUAAGAUAUACGGAAUCGAUAAUACUUGGGGAGAAUGCAAAUCAAGGUUUAAUAAGAGUAUAAUUAGUCUCGAAAGUGAGGACAUAAAAAAGAGUUUUCUGGAUAUAUUAAAACAAAACGACGACCGAAAGUUCUACUUUAUCAAUGUACUAAGAAAAGAUGCAAAAUCUCCGUACAUGUGGUACAAUACCACUAUUAAAGCAGAUGAUAAAUAUUGGGGGUCAGGUAAACCCAGUGAAACAGAGAGCCAGAAGUGUGCACUAGUUUGGUAUGAUCCAAACUUAGGAGAUUUAAAAUGGGCCAGUACCUUCUGUUAUGGGCUUCACUUUAUUGCUUGUCAAGGUGAAGGCAAACAAGGUGACAAAAAACCUAAUAAUUGUAUCUCUGGUGGCGCGGGAGUUUCUGGUGGUGCAGGAGUUUCUGGUGGCGCUGGUGCUUCUGGUGAUGCAGGAGUAUCUGGCGGCGCAGGAGGAUCUGGUAGCGCAGGAACUUCAGGUGAUGCGGGAUCUUGUGUUGGUGUAGGGGUCUCUGGAAACGCAGGAGUAAGUGGUGGUGCAGGAGUCUCUGGUGGUGCAGAAGUUAGUGGUGACUCCGCAGUUUCUGGUGGAGCAGGAGUUAGUGGUAAUGGAAAAGUAAAUGGUUUAGCUGGUGGUAAUGCAGGCAAAGGAGGCAAGUCCGGUGGCAUUAGUGGCAACUUAGGAGCUUCUGGUAGCGCAGGAGCUUCAGGUGGUACAGGAGUUAGUGGUGGCGCAGGUGUUAGCGGGGGUACAAAAGGCAAAGGAGGCAAGUCCGGUGGCAUUAGUGGCAACUUAGGAGCUUCUGGUAGCGCAGGAGCUUCAGGUGGUACAGGAGUUAGUGGUGGCGCAGGUGUUAGCGGGGGUACAAAAGGUAAUGGCAAAGGAGGCAAGUCCGGUGGCAUUAGUGGCAACUUAGGAGCUUCUGGUAGCGCAGGAGCUUCAGGUGGUACAGGAGUUAGUGGUGGCGCAGGUGUUAGCGGGGGUACAAAAGGUGGCGAUGUAUCUGCAGGAAGUAGUGGCAAAAUUGGAGGAAAAGUAGGACGCUGAUGCAAAAGUUAAAAAGCGAAGAACCUCUUUAUAAUUUCAUAAUAAAUUUUAUUUAUCGUGAAUAUUGUUCAAUUAAAUUAUUAAUGAUAAAACAUGUAAACUUUUGUUCUAACGUAUGACAUGGGAAUUUAUAAAUUUAGCGUGAAUAUAUCUGAAAAGUAGAACCUG